AUGGGACCACAAUGUGCAGUUUGCGAAUCGCCGACAGCGUUUACACUCCAUUUUGGUGGGAGGUGUUGUAAAGCCUGCGCAGCAUUCUUUCGACGAACAAUUGCACUUGAUUUGAAGUACGAGUGUGCUGCCGUUGAACCAUGCGAGAUUCAUUUUAGCAUGCGUCUCGUCUGUCGGGAGUGUCGACUUCGAAAGUGCUAUUCUGCAGGGAUGAAAUCCGAAUUGGUCCGUUCCCGAAAAGAAAACUUUGCGUGCACCCGUCGAAAAAACUCUCGAAACACAAACUCGGAUCCCCACAGCAAUUCUCCAUCAACAAGACAAUCGAUGAGUCCAGAUGAUGAUGAUUGGUCAUUUCAAAUGUUUGAUGAGAAACCGCUUGAAGCAUGUUCUUCUUCUUCAUCAGCUACAGUAACCCAACAACCUCCACUGACUAAUCAAAUGAUGGUGACAGAAGAAUAUUCUCGAACCUCUUCUUUCGAUGGUGGCUAUUGCUCAUCUCUUCCCUCCUCCUCCAACACGAUCCAUCCAUUAUCUGGACCAUCUCUCCCAGACCAUCAGUCCAUUCUCCAAAACUAUCAUUCAAUGGAAACUGGUCUCUGUUCCAGAAGACGAAUUAUGUAUACAAGUACAGAUAUGGAUUUUAUUUUGGAUAGUCACUCAACCCUUCAAUGUCCGUAUACUGUCAGCGAUUUGAGACCGCAUGACUUUAGAAGUUUUCGAGGAAUGCUAAGACACGAUUUUGUGAUUCUGUUUGACUAUGCGAUCAGGUUUCCAGAGUUUAGCACUUUUACAAGUCAUGAGAAGAAUAUGUUUUACCGACUGAUUCUAGCUGUGGAUUUUAUCCUAUCUUCUUCCUACUAUUCAGCGAAACUCGGCCAAGCGCAUCGUCAAAUGAUAAUGACAAAUGGAGAGUUCCUGUGUAUGGAUCCCCUGCCUAUGACGGGAAACGAGCCAAAUGCCAGACAGUAUUUUGCAUCGGAUGAAGACUUUUCGAAGUAUAAAGCUCUCAUGCCGAUGCACAUUGCAAUUUGGGAGGAAAGCGUGUUGCCGUUUGCCAGGAUGAAUGUCUCUUUUGAAGAGUUUUGUCUACUAAAGGCGCUUACAGUAUGGCACUGUACCUACUACAAAUUCACUGAAACCGGUCGUGAAAAAUGUCGUCGUCAACGAAACAUCAUCAUCGACUGCCUCUCGAAAAUGUGUCAUUCUCAAAGGGAAAACGGAGAGAGACGAGUUGGAGAACUGCUGAUGAGCAUGAAUUAUAUCAUGGAAUCCACUCAAAAAUUGACAAGUUCCUAUGUGAUGUUGACGUUUUUCGAUGUGCUUAACUGUGAUUCAAUGCUUCAUGAGAUGCUCAAUUUUAAGUAUUAA